GCACUCAGGAGAGAUUUAUCUUGACGUAUGUAUUUACCUUUGAUAUCCAUGAUUUCACGCACGCUUCGAGGUAAAGUUGUAUGUUUAACAAGCUAAUUAAUGUUAGCUAAAUGGAAUGGAAACAACACACAAUCGAUUUGAAUAAAGUUAAAAUGGUGCAUGAUGAUAAAUGGUAAUAAAUAUACUUUAGCUUUAUCUUCAGCAACAGAUAUUAGAAGUUAAAUUUAGUUGUUUUUAAAUUUCCACUGGAGUUAAAGGGCCUGCGGCCCUCUCUGCAUCUGCAACUGCAGAGACAGUCAGUCUAAGCUCUUUUUAAGUGUAGGCUACUGCAACACGCAUUUUAUUUCAAGAUAUGUUUUCUGGGAUUUAAAUGAUAAUAUUAAUGUUUUCCUGUUUAGCACAAAUCAAUGACAUUAGUGUUUCAGUAAUGGUAGUAAAGUGCACAGUUUACAGUAUUUGUCCGUGUAUUGGCAUGUUAAAAUUAUUCGUGAAGGUAAUUUAAUGUCACAUUACAUUUGCAAAGUGUUUGCACUGGUAUAUUAGUCUGAUUAGCAAAUGCAUUGUGAUUUAAGGCAGAAAAAUACUAUUUAAAAUACCAUGUAAAGAAAGUACUGGUUGGUUUUGUCUUGCUGACUUUUCGUCAUUUUCUCAUGAAGAUGUGUACAGGUUGAGCAGAUUGAGAGUGAAGAACAUGUCAAAAAGAAGACUCAGACUUCGUCCUGAAGCAGAGGCUGCUCACUUUAUUUUAUCUGGAAGUGACAAGACUUGUUUAAAGGCCCAAUGGAUCAAUGACUAUAAAGGACGUGGUGUAUUUGCCUCUGAACCAAUUGAAAAGGGAUCCUUUGUGGUCGAGUACCGUGGGGAGCUUAUCUCAGAACAUGAACGGGACAAGCGGCAGAAAAAGUACACAGAAAAGCAAACUGCUUUCCUAUUUGAUUUUAAAUGGAAAAAUAGCACAUGGUGCAUUGAUGCCUCCCGUGAAGACGACUCACUUGGCCGGCUGGUUAAUGAUGACCACAAGUACCCAAACUGCAAGAUGAAACAGCUGGCAGUCCAGGAUAAACCUCAUCUCUGCUUGUUUGCUAUUGAAAAUAUCCAAGCGGAGAGUGAAAUCACCUAUGACUAUGGAGAAUCUAUGUGGCCAUGGCGAGCUCUGACACCAAGUGUUGAGACCCUGUCCCAACCUCCUACAGACCAAGAAGUGAGUGACAAAUCCACUUCAUUCCUCCAACAGACACCAAGUGUUGAGACCCUGUCCCAACCUCCUACAGACCAAGAAGUGAGUGACAAAUCCACUUCAUUCCUCCAACAGACACCAAGUGUUGAGACCCUGUCCCAACCUCCUACAGACCAAGAAACACCAAGUGUUGAGACCCUGUCCCAACCUCCUACAGACCAAGAAACACCAAGUGUUGAGACCCUGUCCCAACCUCCUACAGACCAAGAAACACCAAGUGUUGAGACCCUGUCCCAACCUCCUACAGACCAAGAAGUGAGUGACAAAUCCACUUCAUUCCUCCAACAGACACCAAGUGUUGAGACCCUGUCCCAACCUCCUACAGACCAAGAAGCCAGACAAAAAUCUCGAGUUCUCACCUUUCACCAGACAGCUACCUCAGAGCAGAUCUCUACUGAUGAAUUCUCAGAUUGUACGGAUUAUGAAGAUAAAGACUAUUUCCCAGAUUCAUGUGGCAGUUCCUCUGACACAAGUCUCCAUAGUGUGGACAUGAAAAUCACAGAAUCUGUGGUUCCCCAAAAUACGUUAAAUGACAUGGCAUUGGAGACGGCUUCAGGACACAGUGGGAAGAUCACCAGUUCAGAGAAACCUACAACAUUUAAUUUGUCACUGAGAAGUAGCAGUCACAGUACUUCGGUAACAAGCCGCAGUUUUGAUUCAUCAGGGGUCACAUCACCUAAAAACAGCUCCAUAAAAGUCCUACCUUUGCCAAACACGGAAAGACAAAGCAAGUACAACAAGAAGCAAUACUGUCUAUAUUGUAAAAAGGCCAUUGCUAAAUUGGCAAGACACCUUGAAUCUGCCCACGGUAAUGUGCCGGAAGUUGCAAGCGCCUUCAGUUAUGAUAAAAGAUCCUGCAAAAGAAGAGAUUUGUUGCGCUCUAUUAAGAAGAGGGGAAACUUUAACCAUAAUGCUACUGUGGCAACUUCUGGUGCUGGAGAAAUGGUUGCUUGUCGAAGACCCACUACUGCAACAGGAUCUGAGGACUACCGUCAUUGUAAAUUUUGUCAAGGACUAUAUGCAAGAAAUUGCCUUUGGAGGCAUGUGAGAAGGUGCCCUCAGAGGUUUAAUGAGGAAGCUCCCUCUGGGCAAAGACGGAUGCAUCUGCAAUUACCGAAACCUGAUCAAGUUCAUGAAGCUGUAUGGAAGAUUGCUUGUGAAAUGAAUCAGGAUGACAUUUCCUUUGUAGUAACGAGUGAAAGAGACAUUCUUAGCCUUGGUGAGUCACUGUACAAUGGCAGAAAACCAAAUGAGAAAAGGAAUGAUUACAUACGCCAAAAAAUGAGAGAGAUCGCAAGGUUAUUGAUAACCGCCAGAGCUAUGACACCUUUGAAGAGCACAGAAGACCUUGUUAUGCCUACUAACUUUCCCCAUGUCAUACAAGCAGUCAGAGCUGUUGCUGGUUAUGAGCAGGAGAGCAACUCAUAUAAAACCCCAUCCUUGGCUUUGAAAUUGGGACACAGUUUGGCUAAAGUUGCAAGCAUUGUGCAGUGUAAAGCCAUCAUUGCAAAUCGCUAUGAUGUUGCAGAGUCAGCCAAGCAGUUUGCCACUCUGUAUGAAAAAAAGUGGUCAGAGUCCAUUUCAGCUGCUGCAUUGGGCACACUUCAACAAGCCAAAUGGAAUAAACCACAGAUUUUGCCAUUUACACAGGAUGUGUCACUGCUGCAUACGUUUCUUGCUACCAAGUCCGCAAUGUACAUGAAGGACCUUGAGGAAAAACCCAACAGCACAACCUUCGGAAAUCUUGCUCAAGUGACUUUGACGCAGGUAGUGCUAUUUAACAGAAAAAGGCAAGGAGAAGUUUCAAAAAUGGAGCUCCAGGUUUUUACAUCCCGGAAUCGCACAGAGUUGAAUCCUGACAUUAUGAUCGGCCUAACUGAGUUUGAAAGGAAACUUGCAAAGCACUUUGACAGAGUUGAGAUUCGUGGUAAAAGAUCAAGAAUGGUACCUGUGCUUCUCACACCUGACAUGAUCACUGCAAUGGAGCUCCUCGCAAAAGCCAGAAGUGAGUGUCAAGUCCACACAGAGAAUGUGUACUUGUUUGCACGCCCAGGUGUCCUUUCCCAUUACAGAGGCUCUGACUGCUUUCGCAAGUAUGCAAAUAAAUGUGGUGCAAAGUACCCAGAGGCCCUUACCUCAACAAGAUUGCGGAAACAAGUUGCCACUUUGUCCACAGUACUAAAUCUAAAAGAAAAUGAAAUGGAUCAACUUGCCACCUUUCUCGGACACGACAUCCGUGUCCAUCGAGAAUUCUACCGGCUUCCAGAGAGUACCCUGCAGCUUGCAAAAGUCAGCAAACUGUUGAUUGCAAUGGAGAAAGGAAAACUGUCUGACCUGCAGGGGAAAGGGCUGGAUGACAUCGUGAUCAAUCCUGAUGAUGAAGCAGUUACAAGUGAUGAUGAUUCCAGUGGAGAAACCAUCACUGACCCUCAACAACACAAAGGCUCAAGGACCAAGAAUUCUGGGAACCAAAGCCACACACUUUACUCAGCUUCCCUGGACAAUAUGGAGGGCGCUUCUGCCUCAACCACCCUGGACAAUAUGGAGGGCGCUUCUGCCUCAACCACCCUGGACAAUAUGGAGGGCGCUUCUGCCUCAACCACCCUGGACAAUAUGGAGGGCGCUUCUGCCUCAACCACCCUGGACAAUAUGGAGGGCGCAUCUGCCUCAACCACCCUGGACAACAUGGAGGGCGCUUCUGCCUCAACCACCCUGGACAAUAUGGAGGGCGCUUCUGCCUCAACCACCCUGGACAGCAAAAACAUCAGCAACACUGCACCAGGAAAGGCUGGGAAGGCAAGGUGCAAGUGGACAGAUGAUGAAGUAAAGGCUGUUGAGCGGCACUUACUUCAUUUCAUAACAAGCUGCAAAGUACCUGGCAAAAAGGAAUGUGACUCCUGCAUCCAAGCAGAGCCGGCAGCUCUGAAAGGCAGAGACUGGGUUGCCAUAAAGUAUUACAUCCACAACAGGAUCGUAGCAUUGAAAAGAAAGAUGAAUAAAUAAAAUUACAAAAUGCAGGUUCAGGAAUGCUGCAUCAGUUAAAAUUAACUUGAUUUUCAUUUUUAUUUUUUUUUAAUUUUUGACUUUGUCUGUUGGGUUAGUAAUGACUAAGUUACUCAGUCCUUUCUCCUGGUUUUUGCCAUCAUAAGUUAAUACUCAAGGGAGAUAGUUUGUUACUCUCAGUUAUUUCAGUAUUGCAGGUCACUCACAGUUAUUUCAGUAUUACAGGUCUCUGCAUUGCAUUGUUUAUACCCAUAAAUCUGUUUAUUAUGGGUGCAUUUUGUAAUUAAAAAAUAAGA